UGUGGGAGGGCGGGACGCCCUUCAUGGAUGCGACUCAGGGCUGUACUCGCAAAACGUCAAAUCAUGGCGGCCUAGCGCGGGAGCCUCCACUGCGGGUAUAAAGAUCCGCGGCGAGCAGCUGAUGUCAGUGAGCAGCAGCAGCAUCACCACCACGCACCAUCAACCAUGUGGAGACCCAUGUUCUUCCUCUGCCUGGCGGUCUCGGCCGUCCUCGCCAUGCCCGGAGGACACGCAGGCGGCCACGGCGGCGUCCACUUCGGGGGCGGCGGCGGCUUCGGCGGUGGAUAUGGCGGCUACAGUGUUCCCACUCCCUACGCUUACGACUACGCCGUCUCUGCUGGCGUCACCAACUUCGGCCAGAGUGAAAAGGGCAACGGCUACGGAGGCGUGAACGGCGGCUACUGGGUCAACCUUCCCGACGGCCGCGUGCAGAAGGUGUCCUACUGGGCUGACGGCAGCGGCUACCACCCAGUGGUGACCUACUCCGGCAAGGCCCACUACCCUGCAAGCUACGGAUAUGGCCACGGCUAUCAUUGAGACCACGAACCACCGCAACACAACAAUGCAGACACUGAUGGGGUCUUCCGUGUGUAAUGUCACGCACAUAAUAAAUGACUUAUACCAGAAAA